AUGUCUAGCUUUGAAGGUGAAAAUAUUCGCAUCCGCGUCCGUAUCUGCAGAUGUCGCCAUAACCCACAUCGCGGCAGCCCUAGUACACAUAUACAAGCCGCGCUGCUAGCCCUACUUGGUCUUAUUCUACUAUGGUACCCGUCAAGAGUGUUCGUUGGCGACACAUUCUGCUAUGUAUCAGGAAUGACAUUUGCUGUAGUGGGAAUCCUUAGUCACUUCAGCAAAACUGUUUUAUUAUUCUUCAUACCACAAGUUUUAAACUUUUUAUAUUCAGUGCCUCAACUCUUCCACAUCAUACCUUGUCCUAGACAUAGACUGCCCAAAUACUCUCCAGAAACAAACUUAUUACAAGCCAGUAGAGCUGUAAUAAGUAAAAAAGAAAUGAGUUUUUUAAAUAAAUUAAUUCUUCAAGUACUGGAGAUGCUCCACCUAAUAGAUAAAACUGAAGAUAAUGAUAGUGUAAAAAUUAAUAAUAUGACAUUAAUUAAUUUAUUUUUAAUCAAACUUGGGCCUAUGUCCGAAGUGCGUCUCACAAUAAGUCUACUAUUAUUUCAAGUGGUUUGCACAGCUGUAGCUUUUCUUGUACGAUAUCCAAUGGCAUCUUAUUUCUAUGACGCGUAACUUUUGUGUCAUUUUAUGAUGGUAGUGUGAAAGACCACGGAUGACCAGUAUAGAAUAUUGUAUGCCAUAUGAAGUUUACACAGCAGCAUACAUUACACGUUAUUAUGUUUAUUCAAUUAAUUACAUAAAAGCUGUUUUGAUCAAAAGUCAUACGGGACAAGGAGCUCAACGCGACAUACGUACUACUCUAAUAAAUAUCACGUCAGUUGAUAAGUCCUAACAUUAUUACGCAAAAGUAACAGUAUUUGUUGCUUAUUUAGUUGUAUUGAAAACAAGCAGAUCGUGGCAAACAAACAACCUCCAAGUAUCAUGUAUAAGCUCGGCUGUGGUUCUCGAGAUCGAAAAAUGGCGCCGCUGGAAUAAGCUUAUUCCAGCGUGGGCAAUAAAACAAUGUUGGGCGACUGUAAAUAGCGGACUUUAAAUUGGCUUCGGGUGCUAACGAAGAGUGAGCAAGACAUUUCUGUAAACGUAUUCACAAUUUAUUUCACAAACGUAAAAGCAGAACUGAGGAAAAACAAUGUGCACGAGCAACAAUGUGGUGUGGUGUGGUGAGGUGGGGGCCGUCCCACUAAACGCAUUCUAGUUUGUGGUCUCCCUUCGAAAACCUUUCUGCCCCAACGGCUACGAACUAUGUGCCCUGCCCACUGCCACUUCAACUUGCUAAAACUUUAAGCUAUGUCGGUGACUUUCGUUCUUUCUACGCAUCUCCUCAUUUCUGAUCCGAUCACGUAGGGACAUUCCGAGCAUUGCUCACUCCAUAGCCCGUUGAUUGACUUUGAGCUUUUUUAUGAGGCCCGUAGUUACUGACUUCUCAGAGCCGUAGGUCGUCGCUGGCAACACGCACUGUUCGAAGACGGAGAAGGAAAAAUGGGUAAACCUCAUAGCAAACCUGUAUUUAUUGUUCUAUGAGUAAACAACUCUAAAUAAAACAACAAAAUAAAUCACUGAAAAAGGCUAACAUAAAAUUUUGAAUUCGAAUGUGAAAAACUAAAUUAAUAAAAAGUACAUAAAAUGAUUUGUAGUGCCCGCUGCCCGCAGGUCACUUAUAAAUAAAUAUAAUGUCAUUGAAUUAGUCAUAUAAAACAGCGACUAUAUUUGGAUUUUUGUGACUAGAUUCUAACGAGACUAGAAACAACGACUUUUUAGUUGGCUAGCCAAAAUUUCAAUUAUUUAUGGCACUAUAAUAAGGCACGCAAUUCAUUGUAUGGUCAAUGAUGAGAGUCAAUUUAUGUCGCAUAAGGUCAAUCUGCAGUUUACCAAUCGCCUUACGGAGUCACCACACUUAUCGACAUGGAAUCGCAUUAAGCCGUACCAGGCCAGGAAAAGCUUUAUGCCCAUGUAAUAAGUGCUGAAAAGUCGUUAUGCGUUUCACGUCGGCGGCGCGGUCCGAGCGGCAGGGAAACCACAGGGGCAAAUGUGGUGACUCCUUUAGGGCUGAAUUUACAUUGCAGCACAACGGAAUGGAAGCGAAUUUUUUUAACCAUACACAAUUGCUGACAUGCUGGUGAUUUUAAAAAGUUUCGCAAAAAAAACAGGUCGCGAGUCUUCCGAAGAUUUGUCGCGCUCUCGCGUAGUUCACACAAUUAUUGACUUAAGCCAUACUUAAGCAUAAUUUUAUUUUUAUAUGUACAAUUUAGUUACAAUAAUCUCAGUAUAGAGUACUGCAAAAACCGACCUCAAAAGUUCGUGGAAUUACAUCUGUUUGCCAAGUUUUAUUGAA